UCCGCUCCGGCGGCCAGGCGUCAGCUGGGCGGCCGCCCGGGUCCCCAGGGCCGCCCCUCCGGUGUCGUCGCUACCGCAUGCGGCCGCUUCUCGGUGACGUCAUUCAGCCCGGUCCGCCGCGUUGUGAUGUCACAGUGCCCGCAGCCCCGCCUUCUGUUUUCUCCGCCGGCUCCUCCCUACGUUCGGCUCUAGGGGCGGGGGCGUUGCGAUGAAGCUAGGCCAUGAGCCUAGGCCGGCCCUCGGUGGAGCAGGUGAGGCGGCACCAGGUGGGAUGGCAGAACGCCCCCUGAUUCCAGCCUAUGCCACGGGCCGUCCCGGACGGCUCCAACGCCACCUCCAGAGCGGCGAGUUCGACCAGCUGCGAGACUUCCCCAUCUUUGAGAGCAACUUCGUGCAGGUGACCCGCUUAGGAGAAGUUGCCAACAAGGUCACCAUGGGGGUGGCAGCCUCCAGUCCAGCCCUGGAACUCCCCGACCUGUUGCUGCUGGCAGGUCCUGCCAAGAAGAAUGGACACCUGCAGCUCUUCGGGCUGUUCCCCUUGCAGUUCGUCCAGCUCUUCGUCCACAAUGAAAGCCGCUGCCAGCUCAAGGUCAAGUUCCCCACCGGCCGCACCUUCUACUUGCAGCUGCGGGCCCUGCCUGAGACCCGGGACCGAGAGUUCGGCCAGUGGGUGCGGCUGCUCUACCGCUUGCACUUCCACUCGGCCCAGGGAGCCGUGCCCUUCACGCAGGACGACUGGGCACUGGAGGACCUUGACAACGACGAGGAAGACGAGGAAGAUGAUGCAGAGGCCCAGCUGGAGUGGGAGGAGUGCAGCGCCGCCUGCUGGUCACGCCUCUGAAACCAGCUCUCCCUCCUGCCCAGCUCCAAGCCAGGGAAGCCAGACUUGACCCGCAGGCCUCUGAACUAUGGGGACUCUGACUCUUCCAACAUCCUUUGAGGUCACCAGAGGACUAGAGAUCAAAGUACCUUGCCUCAGACCAGAGAGAUGAAUUAUUAAAGUUAAUAAAGAUCGGCCACUUAAGAACCA